CUCUGCUUCUCAGGUUCUCAAUGUUGCAUCACACUCUAUACCCCAUUUGACCAAAUGAUCCUGCUGUCCUUCACCUUUCUACAGCACAAUCAUGAGUUGUUUCUUAUAUAACAAACAAUACAAAAUCCCUCAAUUCCCCCACAACCUAUGUACUCUCCUCUAAAACAUACAAUGGAAACUACGUCUAUCUCAGCUCAACCAAGCCUCCCAUCCCUCCCCUCACUCAACAACACCCAUGAAUCUCCAACACAAGCCCUCUAUCAAUGCAUCACCACCCUCAGAGGGCAUUCCUCCUACAUCUCAGCCCUCGCAGUCGACGGAAACUCCCUCUACAGCGGAUCCGCUGACAGACAAAUCCGAAUAUGGACCCACACCGGACAUGAAUCGCGCUGCACGACAAUAACAUGCGAAAGCCCGAUAAAAUCACUGCUGAUCUCUAAAGACACAAUGUUCAGCUCACAUCAAGACCAUAAGAUCAGAGUAUGGCACAUAUAUACCAAGUACACUCAGCCCUGCAGGCUGCAGGCAGUCCUUCCAACCGCCAAAGAUCGCAUACUGAGCCUCCUGUCGCCGGGCAAGCAUGUACAGGUUCGUCGCCACAAGAAAUGCACCUGGGUGCAGCAUGUUGACGCAGUUUCUGCACUGGCUUUUUCUGACAACCGCACAAUACUCUACUCCGUCUCCUGGGACCGUUCCCUCAAAAUAUGGCAACUCUCAAGCAACAAGUGCAUCGAAUCGGUACCCAGAGCACAUGAUGAUGCGAUCAGCGCAGUUGUCAUAUCAAAGUUAGGGUUUAUAUAUACAGGCUCAGCGGAUACAACCAUCAGGGUAUGGAAAAUGCAAGAAGGUCAAAAGAAGCACAAGCUGGUCGAUACUCUACAGGGGCAUCGAUCAGCUGUAAAUGCGUUGGCGCUGAGUGUCGAGGAGUCUAUACUGUAUUCAGGUUCGUGUGACCGAUCAGUGGUGGUUUGGGGAGGAAGAGAUGGACAUAGAGAAGCCACAGGAGCUCUCAGAGGGCACACCGGAGCGGUGCUGUGUUUGUCGGUAAGCGGAGAUUUGGUAUGCAGCGGGUCGGCCGACCGAACGGUGAGGAUGUGGAGGAGAAGAGAAGAUAAAGGUGAGCAUUAUUGUUUAGGUGUGCUUCAAGGACAUGGAGGGCCUGUGAAGAGCCUGGCAAUGGUGACAAGCGAUGAAGAUUGUGGGGAUGAGUGUAGUUCGUGGUUGGUGUACAGUGGGAGCUUAGAUUGUGAUAUAAAAGUAUGGAAGAUUUUGGUUCCAUCUUCAGAGAGAGAAUAG